UGCGUACGUCAUCACAUUCUGCGUAAUAUGGCGGCCCGCUUGUAAUAUUGUUAUUCAAGCCAAACAUGCAUAGCAUCAUGCAUGCAUCCUGUUAAUGCGACCUGAUAUUUGUGGAGUAAUUAAUACUAAGCAAAAAUAUAUUCGACAUGAAACCGCCGAAGCGAGCGAGAAAACCUGUUGAGAGGAUGGUGGUGUCGCAUAGACGAACUCAACGGUACCAUCAUAGGAAAGAUAAAGAAGGGAGGUGGACAUACACAGAGAAAAAGAAAUUAGUUGGUGCCAUACAAAGGUAUGGAACAAAAGACAUUAACACAAUCACGACCAUGGUGAAAUCUAAGAGCAUGGAUGAGAUUCAGCAAUUCUUGAGAACACAAAAAGCACAUGCACGAUUGAGACUAGAACAUACCAAGCAGGUUACCAGAGUGCCAUCGGCCCACAUUGAGAAGUGGCUGCAGCUAUGUGAGGAAGUGCUGGGAACAGAGCCGGACCAUUCUAGCGUAUAUGCCAGGAUUUUCACGGAGCUUGGGAAGUCACAAACUGCUGAUGAACCUCACACAGAGCAGCUGAGCUGGGAGAGGCUGAACAAGUUCAUUGAAUGCCUGCUGUCAGAGUCGCCGACGCCUGACCUGACACCCAUCGAGUCGACGAUCAUGCUGGAGUGGGUGCAGGCGCUUGCCGACAACAUCAAGGCAGCGGACACGGCAUCCGAGCGGCGCUUCAUCGAACGGCAGUACAGACUGCUGAGCAGCGAGCUGUGUCGGCGGCAUGGCACUGCGCCACGCAUCGUGCUCAGCGGCGACGGCUUCGUCGUCGUCGCCAGCGAGGACACAGAGGGCGCCAGGAGCAGCGACGUCGACACGCGCGAACUGCUGUCGCUGAACCCGCUCGCAGUGCCGGCGGAUUUCUCGAACGUGAAGCGUGAGGGUGCGUCGUACACGCGCCGUCCGUCGAAAACGCGGAAGCGUCAUUGUUGAAGAAAAUGUUGUAAAUAUUUGAGCGUCAAGCGGUAAAGAGAAACGAGUGUGAUCACACUUGUCCUUUGUAGAAAAAAAUUAUUUUUAAUAAAACUUCAUAAAUAUUA